AUGUUGGAUCCAAAGACUAUUCCGCAAGCCUCUCAGGCAACAACAGCUUCCGCGACAGAACCGCAGGCCAGGGAUGACAAUGUUGCGAGCGAUACACCGGUCUCGCAUGACUCCAACACAUCCAAUCUGGUGAGUGCUCGUACUGCUGCGCUUCUCAAGAAGAAAGCCAUGGUGGAGCAAAAGCUCGCCGAGCUUGAAGCCGAGCUGGCAUUGCAAGUCGCAAAUGCCAAGCUUCCGUCGGGUCUCGAAAUGCCGUCUUCGUGGACGACCGAGCAGAAGACCUCUCACGUUAUUGAUAGUGCGAAUGCGACAGUCAAAGACCACAUCGAACUUCUGCACCGCUACAACGCGAUCAAGGAUAUCGGCCUGGGGUUGCUGGGUUUGGUCGCCGAGCAGAGAGGAGUGAGGCAGGCUAUCGUUAUGGAGGAGUUUGAUCUGUCGGCCAAGGAUUGA